GGAUCCCAGUUUACCACAAGGCUUUGGUCCUCCUCCAGGAAUAGGUACCCCACCUCUUAUGCCUCAAGUACCUAUGCCUGGAAUACCUGCAUUUCCACCAAUGAUCCCUUCUUUCAAUGUUCCUCCACCAGGUUUUGGCAAUUUUGGACCUCCUGGAGGUAUGCCUCCAGCUACUCCAGGAUGUGAAUGGACAGAGCAUAAGGCACCUGAUGGCAGAACAUAUUAUUAUAAUUCAGUAACCAAGCAGAGUUCUUGGCAGAAGCCAGACCAAUUGAAAACCUCAGCAGAGUUGUUAUUGUCCCAAUGCCCAUGGAAGGAGUAUACUGCAGAUAGUGGUAAAAUUUAUUAUCAUAAUGUGAACACAAAAGAAUCCAGAUGGGUAAUACCACCUGAAUUAGAAGAAAUCAAGAAAAAGAUAGCUACAGAAGAAUUGAAACCUCUAUCUGCUCCUGUAACUCCAAGAGAAGUUACCAGUCCUUUACCUAUACAGCAGCCCCUGCUAGUUGCAGUGGCAGCAUCUACUGGGCCAAAUUCACCAAUAAUACAAUCUUCAACCUCGAGUCCUAGUGGUAAAAGCAGUGCUUUGGAAGCUGCGAUGGCUGCAACUUUAGCUGCCAUUUCAUUGCCUACACCCCCUCCGAAACAAGAUGAGGACUCCAAUUUAUCGCCUCGUAGCGAUACUGCCAAAGAAUCCAGAACUUCCACGCCCGAGCCUAAAGUUUUCAAAGAUAAGAAAGAAGCGAUAGAGGCGUUCAAAGAACUCCUGAAAGACAAGAAUGUGCCAUCAAACGCUUCUUGGGAACAGUGUGUCAAGCUGAUAUCGCACGAUCCUCGAUAUGAAACUUUCAAGAAACUGAAUGAGAAGAAACAGGUAUUUAAUGCCUAUAAAACACAGAAGCAAAAAGAUGAAAAGGAAGAACAGAGACUGAGAUCAAAGAGGUAUAAGGAAGAAUUAGAGGAGUUCCUGCUAAAGUCAGAUUUGAUAAAUUCAACUACCAAGUAUUAUAGGUGUGAUGAAAUUUUUAGCACCAUGCAGGUUUGGUCAAAUGUGGCGGAUGCCGACCGCAGAGACAUCUAUGAAGAUGUUAUGUUUGCUUUGGCAAAAAGAGAGAAAGAUGAAGCUAAAGCUCUAAAAAAACGAAAUAUGAAGAAACUAUCAGAGGUUCUUGAAUGUAUGACUAAAAUUAACUAUGAUACAACAUGGAGUGAAGCACAGGUGCUAUUGCUAGAAAACAAUUCAUUCAAAAAUGACGUGAACCUACUCGCGAUGGACAAAGAAGAUGCUCUAGUCGUCUUCGAAGAACACAUCCGAGUACUAGAAAAAGAAUACAUGGAGGACAAGGAAAGGGAAAAAAGGCGAUUGAAAAGGCAAUGCAGAAAAAACAGGGACGCUUUCCUCGCCCUGUUAGACCAUUUACACGAAGAAGGAAAAUUAACCUCGAUGUCGCUUUGGGUGGAAUUGUAUCCAAUCAUUAGUGCUGACAUACGAUUUUCUGCUAUGUUAGGACAGAAUGGUUCUACUCCUCUAGAUCUGUUUAAAUUUUAUGUCGAGGACCUCAAGUCUCGCUUCCAUGACGAGAAAAAAAUUAUUAAGGAGAUACUUAAGGAAAAGGAAUUUGAGGUUAAAGUCGACACUUCUUUUGACCAAUUCGCAACAGUUAUUUGUGAAGAUAAAAGAUCUGCAACUCUUGAUGCUGGAAAUGUCAAAUUGACUUAUAAUUCAUUCCUGGAGAAGGCGGAAGUGAAAGAAAAGGAAAGGUUAAAAGAAGAGACCAAGAGAUUGAAGAAGUUAGAAGCAAAUUUCAAAGCUCUACUGAAGGAUAUGAACAUAGAUUAUGAACUUUCGUGGGACGAAGCAAAAGUGAAACUCGAAAAGGAAGAAGAGUUCACAGCCUUCGACUCCGAUUCUGAAAGGCAAAAACUGUAUAAAGAAUAUCAACAUGAGAUGGAAGAGUCCUGCAGUCACCAUCAUUCCAGGUCGAAGAAAUCCAAGAAAAAGAAGAAGAAAGUGUACAGAUCUUCGAGUAGCGAAUCCGAAAGUGACAAGCAUAAAAAAUCAAAACACAAAUCGAAAAGCCCGACGCCUUAUUCGGACGACAGCGCGGAGGAAUAUAAAAAGAAAAAGAAGAAGAAACAUAAGAAGAAAAGUCCCUCUAGCACUCCAACCGAGAAAUACAGGCCCGAAGAAGGAAGAGGAGCAGGCGAGGUCAGCGAAACGGAACUCGAGAAACAGAGGGCGUUGUUGUUGGCUAAGUUGAAAGAAAGUGACUGACUCGCAAAGCCCUUGUGUUCAUUCAAACUUAUACAUCCUCAGACUUCUGAGUGUUCUAGAUAUGCAUAAAGUGUCUGUGUAUUACGGAGUAUAUUGAAAUAUCAAAGGCUCAGUGUGAUGACUCCUCAAGUCAAUUUUAAGUAUUCAAUUGGAUUUGGAAUUCUACACAUUAUUAUACAGCUCGCAAGAAACUGAAUUUAAUUGUUUUUGACCACCUGCAUUUUCCGAAAAAAAAAAAAAAAAUUUAUCGAUAUACUCGCCAUUUUUACAAGCAUCAUUACAGUAGUACUGUAUCUGGAAGUAAUGGAAUGAAGGACUAUUAGUAUUGUAUUCUAGUUGUGGCAGAGGAUGGCUCCAUAUUUCUUGUGUCAGAUACAAUCUUAUAACCGAGGGGGGGGGGGGGGGGGUUGAACAACAACCGACACCAACUUCAACUUCUAUUAUUUAAUUUGAACACCUUGUAUUUUUUCUAACUCGAAAUGAACAGUUUCAACAAAUCCACGGAACCCAAUGAAAAUGACGAAUGGCACGUUUGCAUUCAGAAUUUUGAGGACUGGUCAUUCAUGGGUGAUUCUUUGAGUGUUUAUAAGACCAAUAGUUUAUAUACAGGGUGUCCCAGAAUAACGUUCGUAACUAUAAGCAGCACAACUUCCAAAGAGAAAUAUUUUGCAUUUUCAUGUUGAGAACGGGAGCAGAUUCGUUCCCGAAACGUCCAAAGAUGAGUAAAAAUUCUAUAUUUUUUCAAUAUAUCUAUAUUUCUUUCCUUCAAACAUUUUUUCAAACAAAGUGUCACUGACAGGCUACUGGAUAGAAAAAUAUGUUAAACGCAGUGACAUUUUGGGGCAAAUCAUCUGAUUUGUCCCACUACAAAUAUAUUGAAAUAAUACGCAUAUUUUUAUUUUAUAGAAACGAGGAGAGAAUAUCCCAAAAAAUCAAGUAAAAUACAUGUACCACCUCCUCGAUUAACCUACAGACAGUAUAUAACGAUGAUAAUUGAAGAAAACUGCAUUCUAGGAUCUCCCUUCAAAUACGAGUGCCUCGAACAUCUCAUUUCACGCCCUUUAAAAAGUGUGGACACGCUUGUCACCACUGACACUUUCGAAUUGUCAUCAUUCUCAGAUUUGAAACUUCAGUUCUGAAAAUUGAAUAGUCGUCCCCUCGAAAGAAAAUGUUUCAGUAUAUAUCUUGAUUGAUAACGAAUUACGAAUAUUCUAAGAAUUAUGGUUAACAUUUAUUUGAGUUUCCCAAAGACGAGACGACAUUUCAAGUGGUCGUUUAAGCUUUAAAAUCCAAUAUUCAUUUCAUGGAAAUACAUUCAUUGACAUAAUAUUUAUAUAAUCACAAAAUGAGCUUCAUGUGCCACUGUUAGAGUUUGAUAUAAUAUACACUCGUUCCAUGAAUGGGUACAGAAAUAUGACAUUCUAUCUCUUAUUGAAUAUAUUUGCGUCUCAUGUUAUUUGUUCAGAUGUUUAAACAAUAUGACAAAUGUGUCCACAUUCUAGAGAGCGUAAAAUGAGAUGUAUGUUACAGAAUAACCUCCCUGUGUAUACGAACGUUAUUCUGGAACACUCUGUGUAUGAACUUUUAGAAUCACAAAGGAAAUCAUGCCUUGAAGUUGAACCGCAUAAUUGAUUAACAUUCAAAAACCUAGAAUUGGUGUCAUAUCCAUAUAAAUCAAAAUUGUGCAUUUUUGAUUUCUUUGAAAACAAAAAAGGUAUAUGAGCCAUCAGCCAUCUGGGACACCUGGUAUUUUACAUUAACAACCCAUCGAAUGUUUAAAGAAAUGGUGAUCACAUUAAAAUUCUAGAUAUUGAAGAUUGGAGAUAGAGAAGGUUCUGAAUAGGGUCCUGAAUUUUUGUCAAAAGAUCAAAAGAUUCAUGUUUGAUAUUUUUUUUUUCAAAACCAGUUUCCUUUUUGAAGAAUACUCUAUUUAUAAUAUAUAACAUUAUUUUGAGAGCAGUUUCCUCUUCUUAAUUUUAUUGCUCCUGUUAUUUUAAAAAUGAAUAUCUUUUUUAUUGAUUUAUUCGCGAUUUUUUGAUUUUCUUGGUGUCUGGAUUGAAACGGGUCCGAAUUUUCUUGGGAGAAGAAUGUCAUGUCAGAUUGUAUACAUUGUUUGAAUUGAUGAAUUCAUUUUUUUCUGUGAAUUUUGAUCUUGUAUAGAGAUCAAUACUUUGUAAGAUUUAUGAGUGGCAGGUACACAAAUAAAUUGUAUUACAAAAAAGCAAUGACUAAAUACAUAUUUAUUCAGGAAUCAUGCUCCCUCCGAUUGUUAUUUAUGGGGAAUAUCAAGGAAAAUAACUAAGAAAUCAGCUAACAUGGGUGCAUUUGUUGAUAUUUUAUAGUUUUCUUUUUCUUAUUCAAAUCUUCAUUUUGACUUUUGUUGUUUUCACACGAAACCCACAAUAUGCAUAAUACAAGAAAUGUAAAAAGCGAUUAUUAAUAUCUGGAUAUAUUUUCUAUAAACAUUGUAAUUCAUAAAAUAACAGUUCGAUCAUAGUCUUCAUAUCAAGCUCGUCUCCAUAUUAUUCAUAUUCAAUUGAAAAUAUAUACAGAGCCGUUCAGAAGUGUUUUAUAUAUGGGUAAUAUCACGUUUUUGAUUAUUACCAUAGAUUAAACAAAUUAUUACUGAGUCGAAUAUUGUUUGAUAUAUGUAUGCCAGAAACGUUCAGUUAUUUGAACCAGGAAUUAUGUUCGGAAUUUCAAAGCUAUGUCCUGUAUUUAUGAAUAAAUAUAUUACCCAUGCAUUUUCUGAGAACGUCUUGGUUAUAAAAUAAGAAAUAAAACAUAUUUUGU